CCUGCCACUUUCAAAACACAGGAAUGAAAAGGGACCGCCGUGCAAACAUGGCUCUCUUUGACGUGCCGGCAUCCAAUCUCCUCCACUUCGCCAAAUCUGACGUCUGGGCAGCCGGUCCAUCUUGCCCAGUUCACUCCCUCAGUCUCUGUCUUUCUGCAACUAUGCGACCGCCUCCACGUGGGCCGGCGCAGAAUGUCACUUAUCCGCACGCCUCUCCGCUGGCGUUGAUUCGACCUUCUUUGCUUUUGCGUUUCGACCCACUUCCUUCUCUGCAUCUUCGGCCCGAUCAGAACGCAGAAGCAGACGAGGAUGUGGAGGGCUUGCAGCUUCGCUGUCCCCGAGGAGCUACAGAUGCACUGUUGGUUUCUGUACCACCGAACGACAAGCACCACGACCAAGCGCGGCCUCAGGCUUGGCAUGGUGCUGUGCACCAAAAGUUAAGAGAACAGAAAAAGUGCAGGCUAACCGAGCGAGCUCAUCAAAGACAACGUCUAGACUUUCCGCGCACACGAGAUCAGUUUUCACAUGGCGAACCGCUGAACUUGGCAAACGCACAAUUUCGUCACGCCGUAGGACAUGAAACAGAUCAGCCAGAACUGUUCAGGCUGUUUACCACCCCGGACGCCAGAUCAACGGAUCGCUGGACUGUCACAUAUACGUGGUUACUCAGGGGUAAAUAUCUGUGACAUUGCCUUGCUUCGGCGCUACGUUCGACCGCUCCUCUAGGUAUGUCAGUCGUACAGCACAAGUCUCUUAGGAUCUCUCAUGAUUCAGUUCCGCUUCGUCGGAGCAUUGUCUUCCGCAGUGCAUCGCGGAAGGCAAUUGACAUGCCGUUGUAUGCUACGGUAUCUAUUGUCGCAAGUGGAGCUCACGCACAGAGAUCUCAACUCGGCUGGACAAACCUAGUUCGUUAUAGUUCUUGGUCUGCAUCACGUAAAGUGAUUGCACAGAAGGCACAGGGUAGGCAGGUUAGGGCGGCCUCCGGAAGCUUGUGUUGUGGAGUAAGCGCAAAAGGUGAAGGUCGAUUGGAUUUUGUAGACCUGGGAUAUUUUCUCGCGGGAAGGUCUGCAAGGGGUAUUUUCGGAAACGCCUCACUGGGCUAAGCACAUGUUCUAGAAGACUUCCAAUUCCAUAUGCAUGCGCAACAACACAUCCACGCGAAG